AUGUCUCCGGCUGCCGCCUCUGCUCCUCGGCUCUCCGCCCGCAGCGCCUGCCUGCCCGCGCACACUGUCCCCGGCGCGGCGAUGCGGCUGGACCAGGAGCCCGGAGACCCGAGCGCCUCGGCCGACAGGCGCGGCGCGGAGCAGCGGGGGGUCCCGCGCUGCUGGGCGCUGCUGCUGCUGCUUGCCCUUGGCUGCCUGCGCGCCGCCGCCGACGGUGCGAGAGCAAAAUGUGAAGAAUCCCAGUUUGCAUGUGGUAAUGGACGCUGUAUUCCUCAAAUCUGGAAAUGUGAUGGUGAUGAAGACUGUUCAGAUGGCAGUGAUGAGAGUGCUUGUGUGAAGAAAACAUGUGCUGAAUCUGACUUUGUGUGCCUCAGUGGUCAAUGUGUGCCUAACAGAUGGCAGUGUGAUGGGGAUCCGGACUGUGAGGAUGGGUCUGAUGAGAGUUCCGAACUGUGUCACACGAGAACAUGCCGGGUAAAUGAAAUCAGCUGUGGUCCUCAGUCAACUCAGUGUAUCCCAUUGUCCUGGAAAUGUGAUGGUGAAAAAGACUGUGACAGUGAAGAAGAUGAACAGAAUUGUGGCAAUGUGACUUGUAGUCCAGCAGACUUCACAUGCAACAGUGGGCAAUGUAUUUCCAAGAGCUUUGUCUGCAAUGGUCAAGAUGACUGCAGUGAUGGUAGUGAUGAGCUGGAGUGUGCACCUCCUACCUGUGGAGUUCAUGAGUUCCAGUGCAAGAGCUCGACUUGCAUUCCCCUCAGCUGGGUGUGUGAUGAUGAUGCUGACUGCUCUGACCACUCAGAUGAGUCUCUAGAGCAAUGUGGCCGCCAGCCUGCACCUUCUGUGAAGUGCUCUGCCAGUGAGGUGCAGUGUGGCUCAGGUGAAUGUAUCCACAAAAAGUGGCGCUGUGAUGGAGAUCCUGAUUGCAAGGAUGGAAGUGAUGAAAUCAACUGCCCUUCUCGGACCUGCAGACCAGACCAGUUCAGAUGUGAAGAUGGGAACUGCAUCCAUGGGAGUAGGCAGUGCAAUGGUGUGAGAGAUUGUCUGGAUGGCACAGAUGAAGCAAAUUGUAACAACGUUAUUCAGUGCUCUGGACCCGGCAAAUUCAAGUGCAGAAGUGGAGAAUGCAUAGAUAUCAAUAAAGUGUGUAACCAGCAGAGAGACUGCAAGGACUGGAGUGAUGAGCCCCUCAAGGAGUGUAACAUCAAUGAAUGUCUGGUGAACAAUGGUGGAUGCUCUCAUAUCUGCAGAGAUCUCAUUAUUGGCUAUGAAUGUGACUGUCCAGCUGGGUUUGAGCUUCUGGACAGGAGAACUUGUGGCGAUAUUGAUGAAUGUCAGAACCCUGGUAUAUGUAGUCAGAUCUGUAUCAACCUGAAAGGGGGCUACAAAUGUGAAUGUAGCCGUGGCUAUCAGAUGGAUCUUGCUACUGGGGUGUGCAAGGCAGUUGGGAAAGAACCAAGUCUAAUUUUCACCAACCGCCGGGACAUAAGGAAGAUUGGCCUUGAGAGAAAAGAAUACAUUCAGCUUGUAGAGCAGCUAAGAAACUCUAUAGCUCUAGAUGCUGAUAUUGCUGAGCAAAAGCUUUACUGGGCAGACUUCAGCCAAAAAGCAAUCUUCAGUGCCUCUAUUGAUACCCGUGAUAAAGUUGGAACACACAUCAGAAUCCUGGACAACAUACACAGCCCUGCAGGAAUUGCUGUUGACUGGAUUUAUAAGAACGUCUACUGGUCAGACUCAACUGCAAAGACCAUUUCAGUGGCUAGCCUAGAUGGCACAAAAAGAAAGGUUUUGUUUCUCUCUGAGCUGAGAGAGCCAGCUUCUAUUGCUGUAGAUCCUAUCUCUGGCUUUAUGUACUGGUCAGACUGGGGUGAGCCAGCAAAAAUUGAAAAAGCAGGAAUGAAUGGAUUUGACAGACAGCAGCUUGUGACAGCAGAAAUCCAAUGGCCUAAUGGAAUUGCUCUAGAUCUUGUAAAAAGCCGCCUGUACUGGCUUGAUUCUAAACUACACAUGCUGUCAAGUGUGGACUUGAAUGGCCAGGAUCGUAGAAUUGUGCUGAAAUCACAUAUGUUCCUUCCUCAUCCUCUUGCUCUAACCAUUUUUGAAGACCGUGUGUACUGGAUUGAUGGAGAGAAUGAGGCAGUCUAUGGGGCCAACAAAUUCACUGGAACCGAUUUGGUUACCCUAGUGAACAACCUCAAUGAUGCACAGGACAUCAUUGUGUAUCAUGAACUUGUUCAGCCUUCAGGUAGGAACUGGUGUGAAGAGCACAUGGCAAAUGGAGGCUGUAGCUACCUGUGCCUGCCUGCUCCUCAGAUAAAUGAACAUUCUCCAAAGUACACCUGUGCAUGUCCUGCUGGGUACUUCUUGCAGGAGGAUGGUCUGAGAUGUACAGUUUCAGGUACUGGAACAACUGUGGCUUACACUGAGGCUAAAGAUACCAGCACAACAGAAAAAUCUCCAACUGUUGGACUAGUUCCUGGAGGAUUCAACACUAGUGGUACAACUUCUGAAGUAACUGCAGCUGGAAGAACAUCAGCAGCUUGGAUCAUUCUUCCUGCUGUAUUGUUGAUGAUGGCUGCAGCAGCUGGCUACUUCAUGUGGCGUAACUGGCAGCACAAGAAUAUGAAAAGCAUGAAUUUUGAUAACCCAGUUUACCUAAAAACCACAGAAGAGGACCUCACAAUUGAUAUUGGAAGACACAGUGGUUCAGUAGGACACACCUACCCUGCAAUAUCUGUUGUCAGCACAGAUGAUGAUAUGGCGUGAGCACUGGAUCAGCAAUCACUUUCAGUUUACUUGUGUCUUACACUCUUUGGGGAUAGUAACCAGGUUUGUGGCUGAAGAACUUCCUCCAUUCUUGGAAGAAAGAAGAUACUUUCUGCAUUUAUGGAUCACUUGUGUAAAUAGUUAUUACUUUCUACAAUUUAACAACUCUGUAUAUACCUGUCCACAACAAUUCAGCUGUUAGUGGUUACAGUUUUAUCCGUAACCCUUGGGUUGGUUAGUCGGUAACAUCACUGACUAAAUAUAAAGCACUUUCCAUAGAAAGCCAUAUUCCAGCCACAACUUGUAACACCUGUACAUAUGUCUAUAGGCCACUUGUAAAUAAUUAUUGGAAAAUCACUAUCAAGCACUUUGAAAUACUUCAGAUGUAAAUUAUUGUACACUCUCUUUUUCAAUGAUUGGGGCAAUGGCAAUAGGAAAAAACGGGUUAUUAUGAUUGCCAAAAAUUUGUAGACAUAAGUAAUUUUGUAUGUAUGAUUGCUUCAGUCUUGUCUGUUACCUCUUAGAGGUCUACAAGAAUGAAUGAUCUUUAAGAAACCACUGUAAAACUCAAAUGCAGCCAAGGGGAUAAAAUAAAAUGAGUCAAGCAGUUGAAA